CACACCACCCACCAGAGCCACCACCAUUCAGCACUCAGCAUUCAUCGAAUUUCCACCUCUAGAGUCUAGACUAUAUUUGUUACGAAACGGUGUCGGUGUCCCCAUUUUAUAAAUUCAUUAUUCAUCCCCACAUUCUUCUCUGCAAAAAUAAAACAAAAAAUCCCCUAAUUUUCCCUCUCUUUUUUCCGUUUUUUCCUUUUCCUUUUAUUUUAUUUUUUGUAUUUUUAUUUGUUUUCUUCUUUUAAUUUCUUUUCCCGAUCUCUGACGUUGUAAGUUUUCCGUCAAUCCGAUUUUCGCAUAAUCCGAUUCAGAUCGAUCGGAUCGGACCCUAAAAUGGCGGCAUCGAGACGAUUGCGAGACCUUCAAUCGCAGCCAGGCAACAAGAUCUGCGUGGAUUGCUCCCAAAAGAAUCCGCAAUGGGCGUCGGUUUCGUACGGCGUGUUCAUGUGCUUAGAGUGCUCCGGCAAGCACCGUGGCUUAGGUGUCCACAUCUCCUUCGUCCGAUCCGUUACUAUGGACUCGUGGUCCGAGAUCCAGAUCAAGAAGAUGGAAUCUGGAGGCAACGAACGGCUCAACGCGUUUCUCGCACAGUACGGGAUCCCUAAAGAAACCGAUAUUGUAACUAAGUACAAUACCAAUGCGGCUAGCAUUUAUCGUGACAAAAUUCAAGCUCUAGCUGAGGGGCGCUCAUGGCGGGACCCACCCGUGGUCAAGGAGACCCUCAAAGGUGGAAGUAAGAAACCUCCGCUGGCGCAAAGCGCCGGUGGUGGUGGUAGUAAUGGUAGUUUUGGCAAUAAUGGAGGGUGGGAUAAUUGGGACAACGAUGAUUUUAAAUCUUCGACUGAUAUGAGGAGAAACCAAUCCGUUUCGGAUUUUAGAGGUGGAAAUGGAGGAACGGGUGGCGUGCCCGUGAGGUCCAAAUCAACUCAAGAUAUUUACACACGUGCGCAGUUGGAGGCGUCUGCAGCUAACAAGGAAGGCUUUUUCUCGCGAAAAUUGGCCGAGAAUGAGUCCCGACCCGAGGGGAUUCCGCCUUCGCAAGGAGGGAAGUAUGUCGGGUUCGGAUCCAGCCCGGCGCCUCCACAGAGGAAUAACAAUUCACAGGGGGAUGUUCUCUCUACUUUUUCUCAGGGGUUUGGUAGGUUAUCUUUGGUCGCAGCCUCUGCUGCCCAGUCGGCUGCUAAUGUUGUUCAGGCAGGAACGAAGGAGCUUAGUUCGAAGGUGAAGGACGGUGGCUAUGAUCACAAAGUCAAUGAAACUGUCACUGUUGUCACUGCAAAGACAACCGAGAUUGGACAGAGGACAUGGGGAAUUAUGAAGGGGGUCAUGGCAAUGGCUUCGCAGAAGGUUGAGGAGUACACUAAAGAUGGCAUGAAUUGGAAUAAUGAUAACUGGCAACGAAAUGAAAGUGACAAAAAUGGAUUUUAUCAGGAGUUUAACAGGGAUAACAAAGGAUGGAAUUCUCCUGCUGGAGGAGGGCAGUCCUCAUCUGGUGGGCACCAGAAUUCUUAUAGCUCAAGUUCUUGGGAUGAUUGGGACCAAAAAGACAGCAAGAAGGAAGAUGUGGCUAAGAAUAACAAUGAUGGUUGGGCUGGCUGGGAUGAUGCAAAAGAUGAUGGAUAUGAUAAUUUCUAUCAAAGUGCAUCUGAUAAGAAAGCUGUGGGUCACAAUGGGAAAUCAGAUGGUACAUGGACAGGAGGAGGCUUUCUCUAGGGUCAAAUCAUUUUGGCAAAGCCCUUUAUGCAGAAUUGGUAAUUAGUUAUGAAAAUUGCUGGCAGGCGAGCUAGGAUGAUGUGAAAGAUGGUGUUUAUGACAAUUUCUUCCAGGUACAGCUGAAUGUUUUCAGUAACAAAAUGGAUCUAAAAUGGAUGUGGGGAUGCUUUUGGUAAGUUUAGUAUAUUUUUAUAGCUACUCUUUUCUUUUCUCUAUUCUCUUGUUUCAGAAUUUACAUGAAGUUCUGUUUUGGAAGUAGUUCAUAUAUGUACAACUAUGAUCGUGGGUUUGAUUGCCCCAUAUCAAAAGAGGACCGCUGUUUGUGAGUGUAACAUUAUUUGUGACUUUGAAAAUUCAAAGUUGUUUUGGAUCUGUAAUGGCUAGUGAAUUAUUUUUCAUUCAUGUU